AUGACCACGAUUCUGAAUCCUAUGAUGGCUGAUCACAAAUUAAAAUUCGAACGCCUUGCUAGACAGGUCGAACGAAUUGUUCGAAUCGUUGAUUAUGAUGAAGGUGAAAGGCAUAAUGCUAGGAGAAAUAAUGAAGGAUUCGAAAAUGUGUUUCAAAAUGAAAAUAAUGUUUUUAACCGAAAAAAUCCUCAUAUAGUUCUCCGUGGGCAAAAUGCAGAUGAAGUUCUAGCCAGAUUACGUGCUAAUCAUGGUGGAGAAUGUUAUCAGGUCACUAGAAUUAUGGAAGAAGUGCUCAAUCGAGUGGGUUUGAAUGCUGGGGAAGUAGGAGAAUCGACUACUGAACAUGUUGCUCGAUAUUUGGUUGAGAUUGGAAAUUUGGCCAAUUAUGAGAAUUUGAAAAUGAAGUUUUUUCCUUCUUCGUUAAUGAAGAAUGCAUUUACUUGGUUUUCGAAUCUCAGACCGAAUUCGAUAAUAAUAUGGAAUCAGUUGAAAACUGCUUUUCACGCUCAAUUUUAUCGAGGGAAAUUAAAUGUGGCAGUUACUGAUCUAGUAGCUUUGAAACGAGAGAAUGGUGAAACCAUCGAUGAUUAUAUGAUACGUUUCAAAAAUGCUAGAAGUAGAUGCUAUGUUUCAUUACCUGAGAGUGAAGUGGUGAAGAUAAUAGUUAUGGAGCUAGGAUUUUAUAUGCGUCGAUAA